AUGUCAUGUAUAGAGCUCCUUGGUGGGCACGCCCCUUCACCUAAUGGAGCAAUUGCCGAUGAGUGUGGGAUGCGGGAGUUGCGUCCCGAAGACAUGUCCCUCCAGCGUUCAAGUUCCAUGCCAAAAGAAGAUGUGGAGGCUUGGGGCCACCAUCGCGUCCUGCUGAGAGCUCCCGUCAAUGUGUUGACCGACCUGUCAAGAGAGCAGCUGGAACUCCCCUUUGAGAUAGCAGGAGCUUGCAUUCCUGUCCACAGUUCCAGAGCUCACAAACACCCCUAUGGGCCACCACCUGUUGUUACUGAAGAGUCCCUAGCAACAACAGAAGUAAAUAGCUCUGAGGGGUUGGCAGACUGGAGGCUUAGAGAACAAGAUUCUAUUAAUGUGUCCCAGGAAUUCUCUGGCAGCCCUCCAGCACUGAUGAUGGGGGGGGGGGCAAGGGUGAGCAGGGGAGACACCCAGAGAGGUGGCAAUAAUGCAAGGUUAUACCUGGUUUUGCCAGGUCAAGGGUUCUUUCCAUCCAGGGGUCCACAAGUUAGAGGCCCCCCACACAUCCCUACCGUUAGAUCAGGGGUAAUGAUGGAGCUGCCUCCAGGAAAUACAAGAAUGGCCAGCAAGGAAAGGCUGGCUCAUGUUUCUUUCCCACUAGGAGGCCCUCAACACCCGGUGGAGAACUGGUCUAAGCCUCUCCAUUUGUCUUCCAGUAUUGCUGGUUUACCUUCACACCCUACUGCUCACGGCUUUAUAUCUCCUCGACUUCCGAGUUUCAGUCCAUUUCUUGCUAUGCCUAUUGCUUUUGCUCCACCCCCAAUAUUUGGUCCUACCCUGCCUUCUUAUUUGGAAAAUUUUCCUUCCGGGGGCAUGCCUGCUCCUGUGCUCUCAAACAGAGAGAACAACCAAUGA